UGGUGCUUCCAGGGUGACAGACGGGUCUAGGCCACAGUCUAGUGCGCACGCGUCAGUUCCGGCGGGGACGGGAGAGCGGCGCGGCGCGUGGGCCGGCAACGCCGCGGCGGCGGGGCAGAGGAACAUGGCGGCGGCCGCGCAGCUCACCGACGAGGAGCUGUUCUCAGAGCUCAGGCGCUUUGGCUUCUCCCCGGGGCCGGUCACCGAGAGCACCCGGCCCGUCUAUCUGAAGAAGCUGAAGAAACUGCGGGAGGACGAGCGGGCCGGAGCCCGCGGCGGCGCCAACAAGACCCGGAACAGCAACAACAAUAACACGGGGGCCGGGGCAGCACCGGGCAUGGGGGCCCGGCUGGCCAGCCCCGACCAGCCCUACUUGCCGGGCGGCGCAGGCGGGGGCAGCCGGAGCCGCGCAGCACCCCCUGUCGGGGGCGGCAAAGUGCUGCUGGGCUUCAGCUCGGACGAGUCGGAUGUGGAGGCCAGUCCCAGGAGCCAGGCCGGCGCCGGCGCCGGGGGCGGCGGCGGCGGCAGCAGCCGGAGGGAGCGGGCGUCACUCCCAGUCCGCGGCUUGAGGCCCGCAGCCUCCCAUGGAGCCUGCGGCGAGAGGAACAGUUCCCCCCCGGAGGCGGCUAGGAGGAAGCCCAGUGCCUGGUGGGGGGCGGUGGCCAAGAGACCGACGGCCACGGCGGGGGCUCAGACUCGGGGCAUGCGGGAGCCUGGGGAAGGGGAGGAGGAAGAGGACGAGGAGGAGCGGCAGUGGAAGAACCGGACUGUGAAUGGUAACAGGCACCCCUCCCUUGGUAGCAGGGCCGAGUAUUCCGACUCGGAAGAGGAGGGGGAGAGAGCCAAGCAGCAGGUAUUGAAGGAAGAGACUGUAGCCCGCCAGCACCGGGCCAGACGGAGCCUGAGCAAAUCUGCUGCCCCAUUCACGGCCAGCAAAUGUGCUGCCGCCGGCGCUGGCAUGAUGGAGACGGGCCAGCAAAGGGCUGGAGGAGACGGCGGCGGCGGCGGUGCUGGUGUAAUCGCAAUGAAUGACAGGGCGGAGGCGGCUGCCGCUGGAAGUCUAGACAGGGGCAGAAAUCAGGAGGAGGAGGAGGCAGCGGUGACGAGGGGGGGAGACUGUGAAAACUUGGACACCAGCCCUUCCAUCCCCAGAUACCGCAGCACCUCCUCCAAGAAUUCCCCUCCACUCUUGGUACUGCCGCAGCCCACAGACAUGGACAGCAGCAAAAUCAGUGACCCUCUGGGCACUGUUAGGAAAGCAGCCAAUAAUCAUGUUCUCAGCGGUGCUACUGGUGGCUUUAGUAUUGAACCCAGGAUUUAUUCAGCUACUAACAGCCUCCCCCUGGGUGCCGCAACCCCUUCGUCCCUUAGAAUCAAUCACUCCAACCACACGGGCUCUAAUCACACCUACCUGAAAAACACCUAUAAGCAAAAGCUUUCUGAGCCUGAGGAGGAGCUUCUCCAACAGUUCAAGAGAGAGGAGGUAUCCACCACUGGAGGCUUCAGUGCACAUUACCUGUCCAUGUUUCUCUUAACUGCUGCAUGCUUGUUUUUUCUGAUACUGGGACUCAUGUACGUGAGAAUGAGAGGUUCGGGAGUAGCCGAGCGUGGGGAAGUCAACAUUAAAAAUCCCUUCAGUGAGCAGCUUGAAGAAAUAAAAGCAAACGAAAAAAGUCUGAUGAACAGCUUAUAUAAACUUCAUGAUAGAUUGGCACAAGUAGCAGGAGAUCAUGACUGUGGCAACUCUAUUCAGAGAAAUCUUUCCGUCCAGGAGACCGCUGCAUAUUUAAAAAGUUUAGGUCCAGAGUAUGAAAAAGUACUUAACACAGCCCUACAAUGGAUUAUGAGUAGGGGGGAAGAUGUUGGUAUAAAGUGUAUUGGUAAUGACCCCAGUGAGGAAUUAAAUAAUGUAACUGAUGUGAAAUACCUGGAAUCUACUAGACCACAGAUGUCUUUCAGAUGUCGUUUUCGCCGUGCAUUUAUUACUGUAACUCACAGAUUAUCAAUAUUGCUUUUGGGUAUAGGGAUGGUUUGGGGAGUCUUGCACUACAUGAAAUAUCGCUGGACAAAAGAGGAAGAGGAGACCAGGCAGAUGUAUGAUAUGGUUGUAAAGAUUAUAGAUGUUCUAAGAAGUCACAAUGAGGCAUGUCAGGAGAACAAAGACUUGCAGCCAUAUAUGCCUAUUCCCCAUGUGUGUGAUUCCUUAAUACCACCUCAGGACAGGAAAAAAAUGAAGAAGGUCUGGAAUAGAGCAGUUGACUUCCUUGCUGCAAAUGAAUCCAGAGUUCGCACAGAGACACGACGAGUAGGUGGCGCUGACUUCUUGGUUUGGAGAUGGAUACAGCCAUCUGCAGCAUGUGACAAAAUUUUAAUUAUACCAUCUAAAGUAUGGCAAGGCCAAGCAUUUCAUCUAGAUAGAAGAAAUUCGCCACCAAACAGUUUGACACCAUGUCUAAAGAUUCGCAAUAUGUUUGAUCCCGUCAUGGAAAUUGGUGACCACUGGCAUUUGGCAAUUCAAGAAGCAAUCUUGGAAAAAUGCAGCGAUAACGAUGGAAUUGUUCAUAUAGCUGUGGACAAAAAUUCACGUGAGGGUUGUGUAUAUGUCAAGUGUCUGUCUCCGGAAUAUGCAGGAAAGGCUUUUAAAGCAUUACAUGGCUCUUGGUUUGAUGGAAAGCUGGUAACGGUAAAAUACCUGCGGCUGGAUCGAUAUCAUCAUCGCUUUCCCCAGGCUCUUACUUGCAACACACCUUUGAAGCCAUCAAACAAACACAUGAACUCAAUGUCACAUCUUCGUCUACGGACAGGCACAGCUAACUCUCAGGGAAGCUCCUGAGAAGACUUUCUACAACUGCUAGGACUGUUACUUGCAGCAGGAAAAUUCCUGUUUGGCUGCCGUCUUCCUUUUUUAGUGCUUUUUGUAUGUAAUAUCUUCAUUGAUUAAAUAAAAGUCUGAACGUUCCAGAAAUCUUGUUUCUAAAGGGACUUAGCAAUGAGGCAGUAAUGCUAAGUGGACAAAAACAGUUGCUUCAGGAAGUUUUGGAGCUUGAGUAAACCAAUGCAUUUAAUUUUUGCAUGAGGAACACUGAAUUUAUUAAACAUUUUCAGAUGUGGUGGCUGUAUUUUUUUGCACCAAGAAGUGUUUUGAUAAAAAUCCAAAAGCAUGGAGAAAAGACGACUUCCUGUAUUUCCAUAGUUUCCUGUGGAAUAAUCUUGUGGAUAUUUUGUAACACACACCUACAGUUCCUGAUGGCAAAUAAGUAAAAAAUGUUAAUUUUUAAGUCUAAUCUUAGGUUUCUGUUGCUCUAAAGGAUUCAUUUGCUCCAACUGGGGUAUGGGAAAAUUAAUUUGGCUUUAGUGGUUGCAUACAAGUGUGAGGGAAACAGAAACUGAACGCAGAUAUACUGGUUUUUGUAUAUAAGUGUAAAUGCUGGUGGUGGCAAAAGUAGUCGUGUUCUGUGAGGAUGUCUGCAUUAAAGCAGUGAAUAAGCUUCCUAUUUUAUUCAUAACCUAAUGUUUUUUAUAGUGUUGGCUGUACCAUCACAUAAACGUCAAACAGCCGCACACCUUAAAAUAUUAGAUACAAGUUAAAUAUCUUUUAUAGUUUUUAUAUUGAAAUAUCUGACUCUGAUUUUGUGUGAAAGGUCUGAUACCAAUUGUAGUGGAUUCAAAUUUAUGUGAGCAAUAAAGAAGCAAUUGGCAGAUACUGAAAAAAUAUUUUGUGAAAAGCUGUAUUUAUUACAAAUACCAGGACUGUGACAAAGUACUAUUGGGAUUAAGUAACUUUCCUAAUAUAUUUAUAACUUUAAAUAAGUUUUAAUUAACCAGUUACAUGUAAAAUUAACAAAGGUGCAUAUUUUUUGCAACAAAAUUUUGGUUCAUGAGAGCUAGAAAUAUAAAUGUACAAGUGAGUUACUUUAUUUCAAUGUUAAAUUUAUGUAUUAACAUGUAUUCACUCUUAGUAACUACAGAGUUGUUGCUGAGAAGUUUCAUUGCAUAUCUAAGACUAUUGGCUGCACUGAUCCCUUGUUUACACCACAUAAUUUUGUCUAUAAUUAUCCAGCUAAAUAUUGCAUAGGUGGUGAGGCUGGAAGUGUACCAGUUAAAAUAAAUGUAAUAAAACUCACUUUAAUUCUUUUGUAGAUAUGGUGGAUUUGCAGCAUGAACUUGCACAAAUAAUGCAUGGUUUUUCUUAUGGUUCAUUAAACACGAUGCAUACUAUUCUGCAACAGAAAAUCCUUUUGUGCCUUACCUUGUGCUUUUGAGGGCACCAUGUUUAUUAUUGGAGGGUUUGUUAUCUGAAAAUUUUUUAAUUCUCAGUUUUACGUCUCAGAUGCUAAUGAGUUAGUAUAUAUAAUAUAUAUAAUCUGCCAUUCAAAUUUCUACUCAUGAGGGACAAGUACAUAUUUUUGAUGAUUGAGUAGAUUUUAUGUCAGGUCUGGUAGAUUUUCGUGAGUUUUACUAUAUGUACAUAUACAUAUAUGUAUAUGUAUAAUAUACAUGUAUAUGUAUAUUAUAUGUAUAUAAACUGAUUUUGCUGUAUUUGAUGUGCAUCAUAGUGAUUUGUUUAUCUGAUCUUAGUGACCCCAUCUUGUGACCUGUUGCAAGAGUGAAUGUAAAAAUAGUUGUGGCAUUUUAAAAGGUCACCUUUUUGAUGCAGAUGCAUCAUUUUCUUGCUUCUAAAAUAUAUUUCUUGUAAACACUGUACAUUUUAUUAUUGUAAUAUGUACUAUUAUGCAGCUUAUUUUACCUAAAACUGUUAAGUUGACCAAUAUCCCUCCCUGCAAGACAGAGGGGAAUGUGUAUAAUAUCUGGACAUUUGAGAAAAAUCAGAUAUUUGAUGUAAUUUGUCACCUGUCCUGUAAAAACAAACAAACAAAAAAAACACACACACAAACAAAACUCUAAUUAAAGGUUUAUUAGGGGUUUUUAUAUGUGUCUCAA